GGAACAAAAGUUUUAGAGUUAUAUUUAGAAAUGACUAAAUUUAUAUUUGGCAAGUCGCCAAAUAUAUAAUACAGCCCAAUUUACAGAAAUUAUACAGAUUUUUUAGGAUCAUCUACAAGAAAGUAUUUUUUUGAGGUUAUUAUUUUUAUUUUUUUGUUAUAACAUUAAAAAGCAUAAAAAAUGCAAAUACAUUAAGAAGCCAUAGAAAUACAAAAAAAAAAAUAGAGAAGCCACAAAAAUGUAAAAACAUUAAGAAGCCAUAGAAAUACAAAAAUAUUAAGAAGCCACAGAAAUGCAAAAACAUUAAGAAGCCAUAGAAAUGCAAAAAUGUUAAGAAGCCACAGAAAUGCAAAAACAUUAAGAAGCCAUAGAAAUACAAAAAAAAAUAGAAAAGCCACAAAAAUGUAAAAACAUUAAGAAGCCAUAGAAAUGCAAAGAAUUUUAAAAAAUAAAGAAGCCACAGAAAUACAAAAACUAUAAGAAGCCAUAGAAAUGCAAAGAAUUUUAAAAAAUAAAGAAGCCACAGAAAUACAAAAACAUUAAGAAGCCAUAGAAAUACAAAAAAAAAUAGAGAAGCCACAGAAACGCAAAAAAUUAUAAAGCCAAUGAAUUAAAAAAAAUAUAGAACUCACAGAAAUGUAAAAAUAUUAAGAAGCCAUAGAAGUACAAUCAACAUUAUAAAUUCGUAGUACUGAAAGACCAUUAAGUACUCAUGGAAUUAUUUUCUGACACGAAUAUCUUUGGAGAAUAUUUAAUUAUUAUGUUAUCAUAUUACUACAAUAUGGUUAUUUUUCCAUCGUAAAUUUUUAAUAAAUAUUUUCUACUUCAAAUUAUUGAAUGCGAUAUGAAGACAGCUGAUGUGAUCGUAGAUGAUGUGGGAGAUCGUGUCAAAUGGAAGUUUAGGAUUAGGGUGGCCGACCUCAAAUAGUUGGGAUUAGGUUAUGGUCUUGUUGGUCCCAGUGGUUGCGGAAAGACAACAUUAUUAUCUUCGGUAAUAGGUAUAAAUACUUUAAAUUCAGGAAUUAUAAAGGUGCAAGCUAAAUCUCCUUUAGAUAUUGGAUACAUGCCUCAGGAAGUUUGUUUAGAUCAAUAUCUUACAGCGUACGAAACUUUUAUAUUUUAUGGAUCACUAUGUAAAAUGUCAAAACAUGAUAUUAAUAAAAAAAUAUCAGAAUUAAAUAAAAUUUUAGAUCUGAAUUAUCAAAAUAUUUACAUCAAAGAUCUCAGUGGUGGUCAGAGUAGAAGAGUGUCACUGGCAGUCAGUUUAUUACAUGACCCUAAAAUCUUAAUAUUGGAUGAACCUACUGUAGGACUUGAUUCUAUUUUAUGUGACAAAAUUUGGAAGCAUUUUGUAUUUUUAACUGAACAAAAAAAACACACUAUUAUAGUUUCCACACAUUAUAUUCACGAGGUUGAACGCGCACAUUUAGUUGGUUUUAUGCGAAAUGGUAAAAUUUUACAAGAAAUAACACCUAAAACUGUCAUGGCUAAAUACAACACUGAUUCAUUGGAUAAUGUAUUUUUAGCUAUUGCUGGUGAACAAUCAGAUGAUAUAAGUGAAAAUAAAGAAAAAAUGACGAAAAACGAGAAAAAAUCAAAUUUAUUUUCCUAUAAUAAAAAAAGUAAUGCUUUUUCAGUACAAAGGCUUUACAUAUUAAUCAAGAGAAAUUCUAUUCUUAUUACUAGAGAUUAUGUGUUUUUAUUAUUAAGUGUAAUUUUACCUAUCGUUGUUGUAACUGUCAUGAACUAUAGCAUUGCAAACACAGUUAAACACGUCGGCAUAGCAUUCAUCAACGAUGAAAUAAUUACAUCAAACUGCAAAAAUUAUACUUCUAAUGGUUGUUUUUACGAUAUGAACUCUACAAGUUUUUUUAGUUGUAAAGUUCUGAAUUAUUUAAAAUCGACCAACUAUGAUUUGGUAGAAUUAAAAUCAAAAGAAGAUGCAUUGAAUAUAGUUUAUGAUUUAAACAUACAUGCUUUACUAUUUUUCCCAAAAAACUACACCAAAAUAAUUCAACAAGAAAUUAUUGAUUCUUCAAUUAAUUUAAUGGAUGCAUUCAACUUUUCUCAAGUAGACGACAAAAAUUAUAUUAUUAAUACUCAAAUUAAAAAAGAUUUGAAUAUGGCAAUCAUUGAUUAUAUGAAAGAAGUUACAUCUUUAUGCAAUAAUAUUGAAAAGGAAAUUAAUACAUUUAUACGAACAAAUGUUGUACAUGGAGCUAAUGUGAAUUCAUUCAAGGAAUCAAUCAUUGGUAUUUUAUUAGCCAGUUGUGUAUUUUAUCAUACAGCAACAGGAUCUUCGAGUAACUUAAUUGCAGAUAAAAUUAAUGGUUCUCUAUUAAGAUCAAAAACAACAGGUCUUACAGAACUGGAAUUAGUUGCUUCAUUUGCCGUUAUCCAAAUUUUAGCAAGCUUUUGCCAAAUUAUUAUUCUAUUGCUCAUGACAUUUAUUAUUUUUGAUAAUCCCAUACAUAGUUUUGACAGUAUAUAUGUAGUUUUCUUUGGACUUUGGCUUGCAGUCGCACUUGGAUUUCUAUUCGGUGUGAUUUCCGUUGGAUUCUCAAAAAGUAGUACUGAAGUUAUGUUAAUUACAUUUUCAACCAUAAAUUUCCAACAAUUAUUAAGUGGUUUUAUGUGGCCGUUAAGUGGUCAACCUUUAUGGCUACAAAUAAUCUCAAAAAAUAUGCCAAUAACAAUUGUAUCAGACAUUUUAUGUAACGCUAUAUUAAAAGGCUGGACAUUAACUCACCCAAAAACGAUGAUGGACUCUGCUAAAAUAGUUUUUUAUAUAAUAUUACAUGUAGUUACACUUUUUUGUAUAAACAGAUAUAAAAAAAAUGCGUGGUUUGUUCAGAAAUAAUAAUAUAAUUUAAUAUUUCGAAGUCAUAUAUCAUGGAAACAUUUUUUGUGACAAAAAUGUAAAAAAAUAUAAUUCUCAUUUUUAUUGUUUGCGCUAGGAAAUAUCUUUUUGUUUAUAGACAUAUUUUUAAUUAUUUUUACUUUUAUAUUUUAAAUGUAAUUAACUUUUUUUUUUUUAAAUACAAAUUAAUUAGUAAAGAUGUAAAGUUGAAAUGAAAUUUACUAUAAAACAACAAUACAAACUUAUUAGAAAAUUCCAAGAGAAAUUUAACAUACAACGUGUACUUAAAAUAAAUUACUAGAAAUUAAAAAAAAUAAUGUCAUCUUUGAUGUAAGCUUAUGCAUAUAAUUUCAAACACUGCAUUAUAUAAUCUAUAUAAAUGCUGUAAAUUGAGUUA